GGGCUGUUGUAAGAGAACAUUGGAAGAGGCAGCAGUCCAGUCCUGAGCCAGCCAGCCGCCGUGUCUCUCAGCGUAACCUCCCUCACAGGGCUGUUGUGAGGAUAACAUUGGGAGGGGGAGAACCGUGUCUGUACGCCACCUUGAGCUCCUUGCGGGAAAGGCGGGAUGUAAAUCCAGCGAGGGAGCGAGCGAGGGAGGCAGGCCGGGUUUCCGCCCGCCGCGGAUGGGGCUCGCUGGGGUCGGGCUGGUGGCCGCCAGGGGCCUCCGGGAGUCCCGCGAGGGCGACGCAGAAAAGCGGCAGCGGAGAAGAGCCGGCCGCUCCUCCACCGGCCACCCCCGCUGAGGGGGCUCCUCGCCAUCAUGUCCAGCCUCCACAGGAGCAGGAUUGCAGAAUUUCAAGAGAUCCUUGGCGAGAGCAGCAUUCUGCUGCAGAAGCUUCGUGAACUUUGUUUUAGCGGAAUUCCUUUUGAAGGUGGCUUGCGCUGUCUCUGCUGGAAGAUCCUCUUGAACUACCUCCCUGUGGAGAGAGCCUUAUGGAACUCCCUGUUGAAGAAGCAGAGGGAACUGUAUGCCCAGUUCUUGAAGGAAAUGAUUAUACAGCCUGGGAUAGCCAAAGCCAACCUUGGUGUCUGCAGGGAAGAUGUGACGAUGGAGGACCAUCCCCUGAAUCCAAACCCAGAUAGCAGGUGGAACACUUACUUCAAGGACAAUGAGGUGUUGCUGCAGAUCGACAAGGAUGUCAGGAGGCUAUACCCCGACAUGGCAUUCUUCCAGCGCCCGACCGAGUACCCCUGCCUGUUGAUCCUAGACCCCCAGAAUGAGUUUGAAACCCUGCGCAAGCGAGUGGAGCAGACGACGCUCAAAUCGCAGACAGUGGCGCGGAACCGGAGUGGUGUCACAAAUGUAAGUUCUCCUCAGAAAACGCCAGCACCUAACUCGCUGAACGAGUAUGAAGUUCUGCCCAAUGGCUGCGAGGAUCACUGGGAAGUGGUAGAACGAAUCCUUUUCAUCUAUGCUAAACUGAAUCCGGGGAUAGCCUACGUCCAAGGGAUGAACGAAAUCGUAGGCCCACUUUACUACACGUUUGCUACAGACCCCAACAGUGAAUGGAAAGAACAUGCAGAGGCCGACACUUUCUUUUGUUUCACUAACCUCAUGUCUGAGAUCAGGGAUAACUUCAUCAAGAGCUUGGAUGACUCCCAGUGUGGCAUUACCUACAAAAUGGAGAAGGUCUACUCCACCUUGAAAGAGAAAGACGUGGAACUUUACAUGAAGCUGACUCAUUCGGGACCAAUUACUAGAAGGAGAUUUCACUCUGAAUAUGCGACUUUUACAGGAUUACCCCAUCUCAGAUGUUCACCUGAUUUUGAAGAAGGCAAAAGACCUUCAGGACUCCAAGUAGCCCUGGUGUGGCAGGUCCCUGGCGGUGGAAUACAUUGUUGGAAGCUCCUGCAGUCUCUGUGGAGCGUCUGCCUUUAUGUCCUGGCUCUCUGCCUUGGAGAAGAUUCCUUCUACUCUAUUAAUUCCCAAGAGAGUGGCUUUCAGUUUAGUCGGGCCUUGUGCUGUUAACGUUUCCUGGAUCUCGUCUGCUGAAAUGACUCCAUGUUGAGUGAUCAUUCCCUGUAAUUUCUUUUCUAUAACAUCUCCAGAUGAGGAGAUGGAAACACACAUUUCCCUGUCACUACGGAGUGAACGAUAGCGAGGGGCAUUUUGGAAGCAGGUCCUUCUGCACAAAAGGUCUUCUGGAACACACACAGGACAGGAACCCAGUGGGAUUUAAGAGGUAGCAUCUUUUUUGUAACUUGGCUACCUUCUUCGGUGAGGAGCUGCUGGAAUCACCUUCUACCUGUUAAGCCUCUUCUGUACAUCCCCCCCCCCCCAUAGCUACAUAGCGGAUGCAUCUCUGACUCUUCCUCCAAGGGAAAGGAGUAUAUAGGCCUGGAUUUCCCCAAGCAAAGCGCUCUCUCAGGGUCCCCUCUAAUCUAAUUGUGUCCCAUCCACCCUUUCUUUUGGAUGUUGGCUAUUCCUGGAAGCUAGUUCCAAGCAGUUAAAAUGAAAGAUUUGUUGAAUGAAGUGAGAUUGGCGGUAUCACUUAUUGCCUUAGAGAGGGCAUCCUCUUCCUCUGUUGCUGAGAGAUUGCAGGUCAUAAGGUGCCAGGCGUGCCAGUGCUAUAUGGCUCCCUGUCCUGGCGGCGAGUGGACUGUACGUAAGAUCUUGAUACCCAAAAGGCCAGUGAGAGAGACGUUAUAAUAUUUAUGUAACGAGCAAAUGCUCUGAGAUGAAGACCCAGGUCUUUUUCUUUCUUCUCAAUUGGUAUAACCAUUUUUAUCUUUCACGGGUUGGGGGCAGAUUGGCAGUCCUACUUCGAUAAGUUGACUGCUUGGAAUGAUAACCCAAAUGCACCUUCCCUGUCCUGUCUUAGCUUUCGCUGUGGCUUCUCAGGGUGUGGGCAGAUUGUCAAUCCUCCUUGUGUAAGGAUCUGAUGGACCCAAAACAUUUUCCGUGUCCAGCGACAAAUGGAUUACGGGAUGUGGCAUCACCAAAGGGAUGCUUCUGGCCUACGUAGGUGCUGGUGACUCUCCCUGCGACCUAAGGAUGCCCGACAAGUUUGUGCGGUGGGGAUGUAGCAGCAUUAGGUUCUACAGGACACCCCCCCCCCGGGAUUCAGGGAAGAAAGUGACAGCUUGAUGGAAGGUGUAGAGCAGGUGUAUGGAACCGUUGGCUCUCCUGUUAUAAACUCCCAUCAGCCCCAGCAAGCCUGGCCAUUGGCUAGGGAUGAUGGGCGUUGUAGUUCAGCAAUAUCUGGAGGGCCAAAGGUUCUCCACACCUGGUGUAGAGGCUAAUAAAAGCAUAGUGCUUCAAGCAGAAAGAGGCUGGUUGUUCCAGACUGGAGUAUUUCAGAAUGUUAUCAGAUGAAGCUAGCAUUCUCUUAUCAUCCACACAGUUUGAGCUGGUUUUGUGAUGUGGGGGUGAGGGGGAGUUUGCUUCUUGGUGUUUGUUUUAUCAGGUCCUGCAUAGCUGAUUCACAUCUCACUCUUUCUUUUGGUAACAGAGGCAAAAUCUCCAGAUAUAUUUAGCCAGUGUAGUGAUAUGGAUGUAAUGAGGAAAUGCUCUGAGAGAAAAGUCAUGUCUGCCUUGGAGAUGCUUUAUGCCUUUUCACAAGGGUCCUGCAACUGUGAGCUGUCUUUUUGGGGAUAAAAUAAGCUGCCAGUCCUUUGCAAGGAAGGAAGUCCGCCUGAAGUGGCUUGUUAGAAAUGAGGUGGCAAUGGUUUCUCUCUCUCCUCUUCUGACACAGCCUUGCAUGUGUCAUCACACUCCUGAUUCUAUCUUUUUACAGGUGUUUUCAUUGCAUUGAGCAAACCAUAGCACUUAAAUUUGUGGCUUGCUUUGUUGUCUCUGUACCCAUCGGAGGUCUGGAAGAGUUUUAAGUAAAUUGGUGAGGAUCAUGAUCCCAGCCUCCACUUUUGAAGCUGUCAGUAGCUUUGCACUUGGACUCUGCCACUUUUGCAAACCUCAAAGUGAAGACAAAAUGAGCCUUUUUUUAAGAUAAUCAGAAGUGUUGGGUUAAGAGGUAUCACUGCCUGUACUGAUCCCAUUGGCAUCUCUGUUUACAAACUUUUGGAGGGCUUCAAAAACCCUCUUUGACCAGAGACAACACUGGUAUGAAAUAAAGUGUGUUUCAGCAAAGGAAAAGAUUGCUUUUUCAUAUUGCUUUCAACUCUUUGCAUUUUAAAAAAGGGACCAUUUUGCCUCGAAGUAGCAGCCUCUGCUAAGGGCAGGAGACGCUUCCUAUAAAAGUGCUGCUGAUCUGAUUAGAGUGAAGAGUUAGACCCAAGGCCCGGGGUACGAGCAAGUUUCUGGUCCUAAACUUGUAUCACAUUAUAAUAUAUUCCACAUCCACACCAUACAUUUAAAGCAAGUGGCUUUCCCCCAAACAAUCCUGGAAACUGUAGUUCAUGAUGGGUGCUGGAGGUUGUAGCUCUGUGAGAAGGGUAAACUGCAGUUCCCAGGAUUCUUUGGAGGAAGCUGGGUGCUUUAAAUGGGUGAUGUGGAUGUGACCAUAGACUUCAAGAGUUCAUGUCUUUGGAAGUGUGUUGGAGGUGGUGGAGAAAACGCUAUUGCAGAAUUGCUUGAUUCUUUGUUUUGUUUUAAUUCUCUAAGAAGCCAGAGGGUGGUCCUGUCUGCAUCAAGGGGGGCAGUGGGUUUCAUUAAGUCAGAACUGCAUUAUAUUACCCGUGUGUGUGUGCAUGCCACGAAAAAAACCCCAGUAAUAUUCUUAAUUCCCCUUAACAUCCUGGGCAACUUUCCUUUGCCCUGUGGUCACAGGUUUUUGCUAUACACACGCGCACACACACACACGUUGCACAUCACUGGCUGGAAGAUGUUGAAUGCUUUAAUGCUGGGAUGUGGAUGAUGUUGUUGUCUAGGGUGUUAUUCAGGAGGAAAAGAGGUAUUUAAUGUGUGUUUACUGUUUUCCCCGACAACCACGUUUUAAUGUAAUGUACACCUUUGACUUGGUUAAAAAGUUCUUGAGAUAGUUAACAGCUGGCCUUCCAGGGGAUCAACAAUGGUUCGGAAUUUGGCCACAAAUGUACGUGAAUGUCCCAUAUGUAUGUAAAAGACUUCUAAAACACCCUGUGAGAUGUUUGGUGGGGUGGAUCUUUCUACAACUUUUUCAAGGCAAACACUCUUCUUGAUAAAAUAAAAAAACCCAAGAAUUCCAGUAUCCUCAAUAUGGGUUUAUUAAGCAUGGCUUAAGACUACCCCUCCCUUUCCCCCUUUUUUUCUUUUUCUUUUUUUGGUAUUCUAAAAGCGUUUCAUGUGAAUUAAUGCUGGAGAUGCCCUUACUGUUGCUUCAGACAGUGUGGCACCACUUCUAGAGUUUGUUUAAAAAAAAAAUGUUUCUGUGGAUGUUUUGAGAAAUUGUAAAACCCAUCGUGUAUGGGGCAGACAGAGAGAGACACAGGGUAGUUUGCUUGUUUUCGAAGACUGCACGCCGCUAGCCAUUGCAGAACUUGUUUCAUCUCCAUUUAAUUUAACGUGGUGUUUCUGUUUUAAGAUUGUGUCUGGCUUAGUUCCUGUCAGCAUUUUUUAAAAAACUCUGUCAUUGAUUUUUGCAAAAAUUAUGGAUUAAAUGAAACGAAUGGUAACAUGGGAAAAA